AUGACGACGGCGAUCCGGUGGACUCCAUGUGAGGUGGAGGACGUCGGCGUGAGGUGGAGGCCGUCGGCGGCGAGAUGCCACUGUUGGCCGGUUGCGAUUAUGUGGAGUUCGCGCCUUGCUUAUAAGGAUAUCUUUGCUCUAAGGAAUAAAAAGGAUCUUCACACCCGGGAUAAUCUAUUGUUCAUUGUUAUAGUUGACUGGGUCAUGGCGAUUUUCAUGUUCUCAGCAGCCUGUGCCUCCGCGAGCCUGACAAUUUUCCUCAUGUGGGAUGUGAACUUCUGCGGGACAUACUCGCGGCUGGCCUGCCAGCAGUUUGCGCUUUCGGUCGUCCUGGCGUUCAUCACGUGGUUGCUGCAAGCUGCGUCUUCUUUCUCCGUGUUCUGGCUACUGGUUUCGUUCUACUAG